AUGGAUGCCCUCGAUCUCAAUGGACCGUUACAAGAAACAGCGAUGAACUUCUCAAAUACGCCCCGAGAAGAGGAAUCCCAGGAAAAGAAUCUCGAGUACAUCAGGGAAAACCUCAGGUUGGACGAAGAGGAUGCGAAGAAGGCGUCGGUGUUGUCGACACGAUGGUGGGCUGCCGCGAUUGGUAUUCCUAUGAUUGCUGGGACCUUUGGACCUGUGGCCAACCUGAUGAGCAUAUGUGCCCUGGUUCAGCCUUGGCGUGUCAUGAUCCCACCAGGUGGGACAGAGGCUAAUGGCGAACGUAUUCCCGAUCCUUCUUGGUUACUCGUACUCAACUCUGUCUCACUUGCAUGCUCUCUCUCCGCGAACCUGUUCCUAUCGUUCAAUUUUGCUCGGAAGCGGCUCACUCCACCUGAAAAAAUAACAGGAGUUGACGUGUCCUUCGAUAGGUACCUCUCGGCAGUGUUGCUCCUAGUCCCACUCGGUCUCACAAAGAUUCUCAUUAUCAAACCCACCUAUGACCACGCAUUUGCGCAAUCGUACUACUAUGCUCUCAUCGCUACCGUUUUGUACUUCAUCAUAUCUACCCUACUCCUUGUCAACGUCCUCGGAGCAUACAAAUUUCGCGCCUAUCCUCCUUCAUUCUCCGCCUUAACAAUGCCGCAGCGUACCCUUAUGCUACAAACCGUUGCCUUUUCCUUCUAUCUUGCCCUGGGUGCGGGUAUUUUCGCUGCUAUCGAGGACUGGGAGUUUGUCAACGGGCUCUACUGGGCAGAUUACACCCUGCUGACCAUCGGGAUAGGCAGUGACUUUCCGCUAACGAGCCAGUUGGCUCGCGGGCUCAUGAUGCCGUAUGCGGUAGGUGGGAUUAUGAUGAUCGGUUUGAUCGUGGGUAGUGUUCGAAACCUGGUGUUGGAGAGAGGGCGAGCAAGGAUAGAGCGCAGAGCUCUCAAGACCCAGAGACGGAAGUGGAACAAGCACUCAAACAGCCAGCAAGAGAAGGAAGAGUUCGAGGCGAUGAGAAAAAUUGAGCGACGGGCGGAUAUGACGCGGAAGUAUCUCUCCCUAGCGGCUUCGUCGGUUGCUUUCUUUUUCCUGUGGUUUAUGGGAGCGUUAGUGUUUUGGUUUACAGAAUCCCCACAGCAAUGGACCUACUUCGAUUCGAUGUACUUCUCCUAUACCUCCCUUUUGACAGUCGGCUAUGGAGACCUCUUCCCGGAAUCAAACUCUGGGAAACCCUUUUUCGUCAUAUGGACUUUAAUCGCUGUUCCUACCAUGACGAUCCUCAUUUCGAACCUUGGUGACACCGUUGUGGGAUGGCUCGAGAUGGGAACGAUAUGGCUGGGUCACUAUACUAUCCUCCCCGAUCGCAAGACCAUGAAGGAGCUGAAUGAGAGCAGUGACUCCGUGGACUCCAAGGAGCUGAAAUUCGACGUACAAAUGCUUGGAGAUAUCAUUGCACAAGAGGAAGAGAAACGUGGUAUGCACCGUGGAACUACGCUUGCGAAGUCCAUAAAAAGAGUUGUCAGGGACGCAGGAAGGAAGUCACCGAAGAAGUAUCGCUGGGAAGAGUGGCAAUACUUCUUGGCUCUACUCGGGAUGCCACAAUCGGAGGAAGAGAGCUUCUGGCUCGCUGACGAUGGGCCGCUGUUCAGUGAUAUGUCCGAGGCGAGUUGGUUGUUGUGGAAGCUGUGCGAGAAGCUGGAGGAGGUGAUGGAUCAGGAGUUCAAGGAUCUAGAGAAUGGAGAUGUGACGCCGGAUGAGUUGGACUGAUAUGGAUGGACUUUCUCCCAGACUUAUUUGCGCGAGAUCUUCUAUCGUGGAACACUGACAAGGACAACUACUUACCAACUGUAGAUUGUGGACUCGAGGAGAUGGCCGCGCAAUCAAAGCCGGCGGCCGAGUCUGGAUGGAGAUCUACGAGCGACAGGGAUACCAGGUCGUCUUCAGGGUAAAUAUUUUUCUUUUCCUUUGGCGUGUAGCUACGCCUAAAUA